AUGCGCGCAGGCGCCCUGUGGUCGGUAGCGGAUGAGUGGGGAGACGGCGCGAAUCAGAAGCUGGGCGCACUGCGCAUGCGGUAUCAAUGCUGGGGGAGGUCGAAGAAGAGCCCCAAAUGUUGCAGUCGCGUGUUCGGAAACCGGGCGGCGGCAGCGCAAGAAGAGCCACAGAGGUUCAAAAAAAAUGAGGAAGGCCCGGGCGUAGCGAUGCGACGGCGCGAUUGGUCAGGAUUCGAGACUAGUGGUGCAGUGGUCGAUGGGAGUACCCGUAUACAAGGGUACAGUGAACUUUUUUUUUCCCUUGUUGCGGCGCAAGUUGGAGGCGAAUGCGAUGCGAUGGAAGUGGGAAUUGCGACACUUGCCAACGCAGUGGAUGCAGGCGGUCCAAAGGGGAAAGACGAGGAAUCGGCGACAGGACCGAACUGGAGGACUCGCUGA